GCGUGUCGCAUGAAAUCUGCCUGAAUGAAGCUGAUGGAGAAAAGUUAGGUGGAGGAAGGAGAAGAAAGGAGUCGUUUUGGUCGUGUGAAAAGUACUAAACUGUGGUCUUUCCAUGGGAUGAAGAUGGAGGGGCCGCAAAGCAGAACCGUAGGGGCGGGGUUCAUAAAAAUAAGGAAGAGAUUUCUUUUUUAGCUGUGAAUUCUGCUACGAGAUCGUUGUAAGUUGCCAACACGUCCUGUUUCCUCAAUAUAGAAAUGGGUGGAAUUCUUUCACGGUGGCGGCAGGCAAAGCCGUCCACCGUAGAAGUUUUGGAGAAAAUUGAUAAGGAUAUCCAGGCACUUGAAGAGUUUAGAGAGAAAAAUCAAAGGCAGCAGAAACUGUGGGUUGGAAGGCUUCUUCUCUAUUCGUCCGUUCUUUAUCUUCUUACCUGCCUGGUUAUUUAUUUUUGCUACCUUCCUGACGACUGGACAGCAAGGUUCAUUAUGACACUCCCGCUUUUCGCAUUUCCCAUUAUAGUCUGGUCUAUAAGAACUCUCCUCAUUUUCAUCUUUUCGAAAAGGACAGAAAGGAACAAUGAAGCCUUAGAAGAUCUGAAGUCCCAGAAGAAAAAAAUUCUUGAAGAAGUCAUGGAAAAAGAAACUUACAAGGCUGCUAAAUUAAUCCUUGAAAGGUUUGAUCCAGAAGCCAAGAAGGCAAAGGAUGUUGAACCGCCAUCUGCUGGAGCAUCCGCAGUUCCAAGACCUGGCCAAGAACUUCGGCAUCGGACCCCAGUGCGAGGGAAUGUGGGUCCCCCGCUUGCACCAAACCAGGGGUCUCCAAAAACAGUGGCUCCCGGUCUGCCAUCUCCUGACUCGCAGAGAGAGACUUCAGCCCCGGGGGGACCUCCAGAGAGAGCCCUUGCCUCAGCCUCACCGCCAAACGUAUUCCCGAGACAUCCCGGAACCCGUGCGACUUCAAUGCCUGGAAUGGGUCUUCAUCCUCCAGGCCCUCCAUUGGCAAGACCCAUUCUUCCUCGAGAGAGAGGAGCAUUGGAUAGAGUGGUUGAAUAUCUGGUUGGAGAUGGUCCACAAAACAGAUAUGCACUUAUAUGUCAACAGUGUUUCUCGCACAACGGAAUGGCUUUGAAAGAAGAGUUUGAAUAUAUUGCAUUCAGGUGUGCCUACUGCUUUUUCCUGAAUCCUGCGAGGAAAACAAGGCCACAAGCUCCGCGACUCCUUGAUUUCAGUCCUGAAAGGAAGCAGUCCGCAGAGUUGGAGAAAACUUCAGAAUCCCUGGAGCCAGAGGAACAAAAGCUACAAGACAGCCAAAUGGUUGAUGCACCUUUAGAAGAUGCUCCCCCAGUUCCUGAGAUGGACCAGGGAGAUGACAGAGCCCUAAAUGCUGACGAGCGCAACGACCAGGUAGAGGCCGAAGCCGAGAGGGAGCCAUCAGCCAGCACAGAAACAUCUACAGUUACAAAACACGAGCCUGUUGUAUCAGCUGACCAAAGAGAAGAGCUCCAGGCAGAAGCCGAAUAAGUGCCUAAUCGUUUUAGCAAGAUUUCUUUCAGUUGUUCCUUUUCGGGCAAGUUGUUCCGCAAAGCUUGGUUGUGUUUUCACUCUCACGAGCGUAGAGUGCCACUGUCACAAAACGUCAAAGCAAUGUGUCGACUACAAGGUGUUGUGCUGCAAAAGUGUGUGUGUAUGAGUAUGCGUGUGCGUGUUGGGUGAGCAGAAACACUUCAGAAUGCACGCGUUAGCUGAAGUCUCUAAUCCCGGUACAGGUAGCCUUGCAUUUUGUUUUGUGUACUGAGGUAAAUAUAAACUUGCAUAAGGAGUAUUUUUCUGUCUGACCUAAAAUGUAGUAUUAUUUGGUCACGGAACAAAGAGAGACUGUAAAUGACUUAAUGUUGAGAUCCUAUGAAGAAUUGCUCCAGCCUAAUCAAGCUAACAUCAGUAGGCGUAGGCUGGAGUAUCUUGGCACAUGGUUGGACAGUAAAGACAUGUGCAAUUAAUUAGGAGAGUAGUAAAAUUUUUAGACCAUUUUUGUAAUAUUUAGCUAUUGAAAUGAACUCAUAUUUUAAAUACUUGUAUGUUUACAAGGAAAGUGUUGCUUAGGUAUUUAGCAUAAGCAGUACAGAUGUGUCAUUACAGUUGAAAGUCACUCUUAAUGCUUUGGGGGGCGGGGAGCACUGAGAGAGUGCAGUUAAAGGAGCAAACCGAGGGACAGUCCCUGGGGCUACUUACAUUGCAAGUCGGCCGCUAGAAGCAUGUGAAAUAGAAAGCUAGUUUGUGUUUACAUGAGGCAUAAGAAUCUCUGCACUUGACUGUACUUGAAUACUGAGCAUUAUUUAUACCUGUACAAUGAUGACAACAUAAGUGAAUGUUGUGUAUUUUGUUAAAGAAAGAUAAAGACACUGUAGCAUUAAA